AUGCUUAGCAGCUCUGUCGAGGUGCCCAGUCCCGGCCACGGCGGUAUGUCCGGUCUCUCCGUGAUGAGGGUGGCGGCGGUGGGGAACGUGGUCCGGUCCUCCAGUAUCUCGGGAGCUGUAUACAGCCUGGAGAAGAGUCCCGGCAGUGGUGGUGGGCCGGGAGAGGCGGGAACGCUGACCGGGAACAAGAAGAGACGAUCCAGCCUUGGAGCUAAGAUGGUGGCCAUUGUGGGACUGUCGCAGUGGAGCAAGAGUACCCUGCAGCUCAACCAGCAAGAAGAACGAGUGAAGAAGCUGCGCGGUACGAUCCGACGGAGCACGGAGACGGGCAUCGCUGUGGAGAUGAGGAACCGGGUCACACGACAGGGCAGCAAGGAGUCCACGGACGGCAGCACCAACUCCAACAGCUCUGACGGAACGUUUAUCUUCCCCCCUACUCGCAUGGGUCCAGAGAGCCAGUUUAGUGACUUCCUGGAUGGACUAGGCCCCGCCCAGAUCGUAGGCCGACAGACAUUAGCCACACCCUCCAUGGGUGACGUCCAUGUGGGUAUGGUGGACAGAGGAGGCCAGAUAGAGGUGGAGAUCAACCAGGCCAGGGGACUGACCCCUAAACCAGGGUCAAAGAACAUCCCAGCGAUCUACGUGAAGGUGUAUGUGUUGGAGAAUGGGGCGUGUCUGGCUAAGAAGAAGACCAGAGUGGUGAAGAAGACUCUAGACCCUUCCUACCAACAGGCCCUGCUGUUUGAAGAGAGUCCUCAGGCCAAAGUCCUCCAGGUGAUUGUGUGGGGUGACUAUGGGCGGAUGGACCACAAGUGCUUCAUGGGCAUGGCUCAGAUCAUGCUAGAUGACUUGGACCUUGGUGCCACGGUGAGCGGAUGGUACAAGCUGUUCCCCACCUCGUCUCUGGCUGACCCCAGCAUCGGACCCCUCACACGGCGACUGUCCCAGUCCUCACUGGAGAGCUGUGUCACCAGCCCCUCCUGUACCUAG